GUAAAGGUUCAAAGGUGGUCGCCACUUCUCCUCGCCGCAGUAUACAACAAGUGUCUGCCGGUGGUGAGGACCAGUCUCACACGAUGCGCCUACUGUUGCUGCUGGCCUUUCUCUCUGUCGCUGUGGCAGACGUGUCCGACGAUGACAAUAUACCCAUCAAGUGCUACGUCUGCGAUUCCACAAAGGAUUCUCGCUGUGCAGAUCCAUUCAACCGUCCUGCGGACCUGCUGGUGACAUGUCCGGGAGAGUACAGCUGCGUCAAGAAAAAAUUCAGAGAUCCAGAUAGCAUAGAGCGAUGUUGCUCAUGUAACGACAGCGACACCAGGCUGGGAUGCUGUGCCAAGCAUGGUCGGUUAGCGUACAAAAACAGCUAUUGCUUUGCAGAUGGCUGUAAUGGCUCCAACUUAGAGUUGUAAAGAGAAAAUGAUGCUGAUGACAUCUAAAGUACGUCAGGACGUCACUUCUGUUAUGGGUAGACACACAUAUACUUACUAAACUGAAAUAUAUUGCAGCAUGCCACACAUAUGUUUAAAACAUUUAAUAUAUAAUAAAUAAAUUGCAGAAUAAAAUUUACCUGAAUUUAA